AUGGCACGUGCGAACGGGGCGCCUGCGACAUUUCGUUGCUCCAUCGGAUGGGUCCGCCGUGCUUUGCGCCGCCAGGGUGUCCGGUGCAUGAGCGCUGUCGGCGAGGUGGCCGACCAGGAUUUGAACGCCGUGCGCACUACCAAGGAGAAGCUUCCGCAGCUUCUCAUGCAUCUCGGCGUGCGCCCGCGAGACACUUUCAACUUUGAUGAAACCGCGUUGUACAUCUCUGUGCUGCCGCGCAAGACCUACGGCACGGGCCGCUCGGCUGGCAAGAAGCUCCCGAAGGAGCGCCUGACCGUCGGGUUACUGUUGUUAACGCAUUUCAUCGAGCAGUUGGACACCGCAAUGCACGCCGAGGGGCGCAACAUCGUCGUGCUGCUCGACAACGCUAGCAGUCACACCCUGACAACCGAGGGCGCCAUCACCGAAGAUCUCUUCGGUUUCCGCACACGCGCGCUCAAGAAUGUGCGCCUGGUGUACCUACCGCCGAACACCACCUGCUUCACUCAGCCCCUUGACCAGGGCAUGAUCGCGAUGACGAAGGCGCGGUACCGCCAGCAUUGGCUCCGCGCCUUUACCGGCAUGUGGACCGCCGACGGCGCGACAUCGGCGGCAGCAAGGCUCAAACCGAACCUCCGUCUCGUGGUGGAGUGGCUCCACGACACGUGGAUGAACAUCCCGCGGAGCACUAUCCAGCGCUGCUGGUGGCGCACCGGGUGCCUCCCGCGGGCGUGGGCGAUGGAACUCCCGCACGUGGAGCCGACCGCCGACCCUCAGAUGCUGGCUGACGGUGACAUCGGCCUGGACGAUCAUGUCAACGACGUCGGCAUUCUGAACGACCGCCUCUGCCUCGGGCCGUUGGCGAUGGCCGCGGAGGAGUUUGUCGGCAUUGAUGACAACCAACCGACGUGCGCCGAGCCCGGCGAGGACCCCCUGGCGAUGGAGCCGGCAUUGGCGCAGACGGCACACAUGUGGGAGGCGCAUGCGUCGAUGCAGGCUGUGUACGACGAUAGCAGCCCUGCGACGCGCGAAGCACGUCGCACGGCUCGAGCGGCGUGCGAAAUGCUGAUUGGCUACGCCGAUGCGACGUGCAUCACGCCCGGGGAUCUCUGCGCGCUGUUUGACAUCCGUAACCCCAUCAUCAUUGCGAGGAUGGAGCGCGCAAGUCCUGCACUCAACCUUAACGAGACUCCACCUCCCGCGAUGACGUACGAAGACACCCCACCGGUAGAGACUCCACGUCACCGCGGACGCGUCCUGCCGGCAUGGAUGACGGUGCCGACCCCAGACUGGGUGGCCCAGGCUGCUCGCCGGCAGGAGCUAAUUGACGCAGGUGCUCCCGCCGUGAUGAGCGGCUAUAUGGCGGCGGCAGAGUGGAUGCGGCUGUGA